AUGGUUGAACACAGCCGACUUAAAAGACAACGCGGUCACAUUCUAGCUACUAUAACUGCCUUAAAAAAUGCAGUUGAUGCGGCAAUAGCAGAUCCAGAACAUCGAAAUAUUCAUUUUAUACAAGCUACUUUAAAUACUACCGUAAAAGCCUUCGAAAAAUUCGACGCAAUUCAAACUGAAUUGGAAGAGGUAGCCGAAGAUGAGAUUGAAAACCGUAUGUCAUAUGUAGCCAGUUUUGAUUUAGAAACAUCUCGUGCGCGAACAUUGAUCCAAAGAUUAACUCCAACUCCCGUGAAUACAGAUAAUGCACAGAGAGCAGUAACGAGCGUAACCAAACCGAAAGCAGCGGUCACAUUACCAACAAUUCCAUUACCGACUUUUGACGGAACUGUCGAAAAAUGGUCAGCAUUUUAUAAUUUAUUUGCAACAUUGAUUGACCAAGAAGAUUUACCACCAGUCAAAAAACUAAAUUAUUUAAGGUUGUCGCUUACUGGGAAGGCGGCAAGCGCGAUUGAAUCCUUAGAGCUUACAGAUGACAACUAUUUAGUCGCAUUAAAUAUUUUGAAAGAAAAAUAUGAAUCAGUCCGUCGGGUAACGCGUCGUCACUGGUCGUUGUUACGCGAAUAUCCAAAAUUGCAAAAAGAUUCAGCUGCCGCAAUUAAUCAAUUGGUAGACACCUUCCACCAGCAUACCAGAGCAUUAGAAAAUUUGAAAGCACCAGUAUCAUCGUGGGAUAUUCCUUUAGUAGAUUUAAUUUUAUCAAAACUUAAUUCAACGACCAUAUGGCAUUGGGAGCUCACUUUGACCGAUGAAAAAGUUCCAUCGUAUAAAAAUCUAUUAAAAUUUCUAGAAAAACGAGCUAGUUGUGGUGACACGUCUCGGUCUAAUGAAACAUCAUCUAAUCCACUACCUCGAAAAGAUAACCAUCAGCAUAAACCAUUUUCUCAAGCACUUCACGUUACAAACAAUUCGAAUCACCAUUACAAUAAGUUUUCGAACAAUAAGAAUGUCGACCCAGCUAUUACCUGCCCUGUCUGCCACGAGCAUCAUUUGUUAUAUACCUGUGAAAAAUUCCGAAAUUUGUCCAUAGAUGACCGACGUAAAGUAAUUAAGGAUACUAAUCGCUGUUACAAUUGUUUUGGAAAAGGGCACAGUAUCAAGUCUUGUACAUCGAAAGCAUCAUGUCAAAUAUGUUCAAAACGUCAUAAUACGUUGCUACAUUUUCAAAGAGAUGAUAAUUUAGCCCAAACUUGGAAUGUUAAUUAUGCAACUACGAGUAAUGAAACACGAGCAUGA